AUGGCAGACCUUGUUGAUCGUCCGAGAAAUGAACUCACAGAUGCUGAGCUGGAGAGGCUGGAAGAGUACGAGUUCGCCAAUGGGCCUAUGAGUGUUCUCCAAGAUGCGGUACAGAACGGCACACAGGUGCUCAUAAGCUGUAGAAACAACCAUAAGCUGCUGGCGACGGUGAGGGCCUUUGACAGACAUUCGAAUAUGGUGCUGGAGAACGUCAAAGAGCUUUGGACAGAGAACACCAGGAACGCCAACGGGAAGAAGAAAGUUGCGGUUCCUAGAGAACGGUUUGUCAGUAAGAUGUUUCUCAGAGGAGACUCCGUUAUCGUGAUAUUGAAAGCUGCUUGA